AUGCCCAACUACCGUUUAACGUACUUUGAGGCUCGAGGUCGUGCCGAACUUGCUCGCUACUUAUUCGCUUUAGCUGAUGUCUCUUAUGAAGAUGUUCGCGUUACUUCAGAAGAAUGGAAAAAGAUAAAAGGCGAUUCUAAGGCUCCUUUUGGACAACUUCCGAUGUUAGAAGUUGAUGAUAAAGUACUGUGCCAAAGUGACGCAAUUGCAGUCUAUCUUGCUCGAGAAUUUGGAUUAGCUGGUAAAACUAGUUGGGAUGAAUACAGAGUUUACGUCGUUCAAGGAGCUUUUGGUGAUGCUAUGACUAAGAUUAUUGGUGUUCACUUCGAAGCGGACGAAACUAAAAAGGCCGAAAAACAGAAAGAUUUCUCUGAAAAUUUUCUUCCUUCAUGGUUAAGUGCUGUUGAAAAAGUAUAUAAGGAAGGUGGUACCAGUUUUUUCGUUGGUGACUCUUUGACCCUUGCCGAUAUAUACUUUCUUAUCGCCUGUGAGACCCUCCAAGUCUUUAGCCAAGGUAGCAAAGAUAUCUUUAAAAGUGCUCCUGCUUUGGAUGAGCUGUUCGAUCGCAUAGCUAAUAUUCCCCAAAUUAAAGCUUGGAGAGAAAAGCGCCCGAAAACACAAUUUUAAACAUGCAGAAAAGUUGCAGCGAUUUUA